UAGUUCUUCUUCACCUGUACCCACCUCUAUACUCCUCUCUACAACUGAGUAUGUGUGUGUGUGUGUGUAUAUAUAUAUAAAUAGACUCACACAUUUGCAGCGAACCGUUUCUCAUCAUUUUAUGUGAGUAGUAAAAGUUUCAGCGCAUCUUAACAGGGACCAAAAAAAUCAAGAGCCAGUCAGCAGUAGAGAAAUUGGUGGAAUUAAGGUUGGCGUGAUUGAAUAAUCAUCUAACUAGGUAGAUUAACUGACAGCCAUGGCGGAUGAGUUCAACACGAGCACAAACUGGUGGGAUUCAUCUAGGAACAGGUUUGACAGCGGAUCUUCGUCUUCUUCCUCUGGUAUUAACAGUUUAGGCGGCAGCUUUGGUUGGCCGACGGAGAUGGUGGAUAUUAAAGCAAGGUCUUCAAUGGAUUCCGUUUCCGUUUCCGGCAGCUCCGUCGUUUUCCAGGAUACCCAGAAGCUGCAAGGCUCUGAUUCUGGCGGCGAUCACUUGCACAUGAUGGGUUUAGGACUUUCUUCUCCGGCCAUGGAUUGGAACCAAGCUUUACUUCGAGGUGAUAAAGCUGAACCCAGCUUCCGUUCGCUGCUUCAAGACAGCAACAGUACGACGCCGUAUCAUCAACAAGAGAUUGGGCACAUGGGAUCAUCGUCCACAACGACGUCGUCUCAGGUUCAGUGGAGGGAGAAGAUGUUUGCUGGUGGCGUCAGCAGUGGAGAUUCAUCUUCUGCUAACGAGUUUAAGCAACUCAAUAGAGGGUUUUCUUUAGAUCAAUCGCAGUUUAGUCCCCAUGGAAGCUCAAGUGACAGCACGGUAACAUGCCAAGGGUUACCCUCAAGUUUCCAGAUUGACAAUUCUGCAGGCAUCUAUGGCAGUCAAGCUUCAAGUAUAUUACAAGGAUUAUUAGGGUCUGAUAAUCAGCCUCCGCCACAGCCUCAACCAUCUUCUUUCGAAAAUCGGGCCUUGAACUACAAUCAAUAUACUAAUUAUGCCAUGAAUCCUAAUGAAUUGAUGGCUAAUUCUUGGCCUAAAAUCCCUCAAUUCUUGAGGAAUUCUCCCCCGAAACAGCCUUCUCAUAGCCACUUACACUUCUCCAACAACGCUCCGUUUUGGAACGCACCUGCAACAGCCAUGAAUGACGUUAGGUCGAGCUUUUUCCCUUCGUUGCAGCCGCAGUUUUCGAACCCAAAUUUUGAAGAAAAGCCAAAGCAGAAUAUUUCCGAAGUUCGGGAGUCAAGCAGUGUGGUAAAGAAAAAUGGAAGUGAAAGUAGUAAUCCUGCAUCUAAUAAAAGGGCUAGAAGCGAAACAGCAUCGCCUUUGCCAGCUUUUAAGGUGAGAAAAGAGAAGAUGGGGGACAGAAUCACAGCACUACAGCAAUUGGUUUCACCUUUUGGAAAGACUGAUACAGCCUCAGUGCUCUCUGAAGCAAUUGAAUACAUUAAGUUCCUCCAUGAACAAGUGACUGUUUUAAGCACCCCAUACAUGAAAAGUGGAGCAGCUUCCUUACAGCACCAACAGCAACAGAGCUCUGAAAAAUCAUUGAAGGUGGACAGUGAUCAUCAGGGACCAAAACAAGAUUUAAGAAGCCGAGGGCUGUGUCUGGUGCCGGUGUCCAGCACUUUUCCGGUGACCCACGAGACUACCGUCGAUUUUUGGACCCCUACCUUCGGAGGAACAUUCCGGUAAACGCACGUUAACAGAUUCUCUCUGCACCCAACUAGCUAGGUAUAUAUAUAUAUAUAUAUAUAUCACGGAUAGAUAGCAUCAUAUACAUGGAAGUAAAUGUAUAUGUUCGUUCUGUCUUAUCAAGAGAAACCCUAGAAAACCAAGUCGAACAUGGGGUUUGAUGUUGAUAAGGUCAGAACAAAAAACUUACAGAAGGCUAAUGGGAAAUUCAAAGGAAGAAGAUAACCCUUCAAAAAGGGAAAAUGGCAUUGUUGGGCCAGCCUCAGGCAUGAUGAUGAUGAUGCAGGAUUUUGGGGCAGCAGUGAUGGGACCAUGAAGAAGGAGAAGAUUAAUUCCUGUAAUAAUUGGAGAAUUAUUAUGAUUAUAGGGUAUUUCAUCCACUAAUUAUCCAAGUGUUUUUAAACCUAUAGAUAUGUUUUUUCGACUAAAUGUGAUUGGUUUAUUUUUAAUAUUUCUCAAAACAAAAGUCAUUAAACACAGUUUAAAAAUAUACCAAUCACAUUUACUUGCUUUGCAUCUGUAAUUCUUGAAACAAUUAAUAAUUUUUUUUUCAUGUGA